AUGAUGUCUUAUCCUAUUGUUGCCUCACCUUGUUCUCAAACUCAAACCAUAAACAUGGCUAGUAUUUCAUCUUCAGCUCUUCCUUUCUUCACUCCUAAAACUUCAAAUCUCUACAACAAGUCUUGUUUUUCUAAAUCCAAUUUCUCUACUCUCACAUGUAAGGCAUCAUCAUCAUCAUCAAGUUUUUCAUCAUCCAUGUUGGAUUUUGACUUGUAUGAUCUUCUAGGAAUUGAUAGUUCGUGUGACCAGUCACAGAUCAAGACCGCGUAUCGAUCUCUUCAGAAACGAUGCCAUCCUGAUAUUGCAGGUCCUUCUGGUCAUGACAUGGCCAUCAUUCUUAAUGAUGCUUAUGCUAUUCUUUCAGAUCCAUUUGCACGCCUCGCAUAUGAUAAGGAGCAUGCAAAGAUCACAGAAUUCAAAGGCUUUACCGGAAGACCGACCUAUUCGGUAUGGUGUGGUUCAGAAAGUGAGCAGAGGGCUGUAUUUGUUGAUGAAAUAAAAUGUGUUGGAUGCCUAAAAUGUGCUUUGGUAGCUGAAAAGACUUUUGCUAUAGAGUCAGUUUAUGGAAGAGCUAGGGUUGUUUCUCAGUGGGCUGAUUCUGAACCUAAAAUUGAUGAGGCAAUACAAACUUGUCCUGUGAACUGCAUUUCAGUUGUUGAGAGAUCCAACCUUGCUGCUCUAGAGUUCUUGAUGUCGAAGCAGCCACGCGGCAACGUAAGAGUAGGUGCGAAUAAUACAGCAGGUGUUCGUGUCUCGAACAUAUUUGUAGAUGUGGAGAAGUUUCAGACUAGAUUCCAACAGACAAUGGAAAAAGCUUCCAAUUACUCUAAGGAAACAGAUCUUCAAAGAGAAUCAAGAAUGUCAGCAAUUCAAGCAAUAAGAUCAAUUUCCAAUUGGUUAUACUGGCAUCCACAUAGUGCAAGUGUUAACAAAAGCAUAACAAGAGUAGUGCAUAAACUACCUGAUCCAAAUCUUAAUAAGCUUCGAGAUGCAGCUGCAAAGAGAAAACUAAGAGAUUCAAACAAAGCCAACAAUCAAACUCCUUUAAACUCCAUUCAUCGCGAGGAAUAUUGGACUCCAUUGGCUGUCGAUCAAACUAGUACUAUUACUAGUAUUACUACUCCAACACCAUUUGAGAAGCCUUCGUUUGCGAAAGGAAAGAAACAAAGAAAGAAAGAUGAUCUUGAAAGAUAUGAGAAAGAAAAAAGUCCAAUUAGAUGGGGACUACCCAUUGUUACUUCAUUGAUUGGUAUGGCUGGAGUUAGAUUACAUGAAGUAAGAUCAACAGUUGGGUUGAAAGAGCAUUUUGGUGGUUCUCUUGCUUUGGAAAUUGUGAACAGUUCUUGGUUGCAAUAUGUUUUGGUAGCAGCUACAUGGUAUAUGAUUGGAGUGGUUGUUGUAGGAUUUGUGGCCAGUAUCGGAAAUAGAAUUAGAUAG